GGCAUUGCGCAUGCGCGGAGCAACGGCGGCGCCGCCCGCCGACCGACGCUCUGCGCCUGGCUUCCUUCCACCUCGAGCUGGUCGGCGGCUGGCGAGUGUCGCGCUGCCGGAUGGAAAAAACGGUCAUUAUCCGCCCACGGGAGACACGCUGGAGCCCCCGGAAACUUUAGCGAGCCUCGACGAAGACGCACAAUGCCAAGAGUCUGACGACUGAAAGAUGUGUCAUCAGGUCAGCACGAUGGAAGCCAGCAGCAUCAUCAAUGUGCUCAACAAGAAGCUGGCCUUCCUCUCAGGCGGGAAAGACCGUCGCAGCGGUCUGAUCCUCAGCAUCCCGCUGGGCUGCGAGCAGACCAACAUGGAGGAGCUCAGCGACACGCUGGACUAUCUGCUCAGCAUCCCCAGCGAGAAGUGCAAGGCGCGAGGCUUCACCGUCAUCGUGGACGGGCGGCGCUCGCAGUGGAACACGGUCAAGACGGUGGUGCUCAUGCUGCAGAACGUGAUCCCGGCCGAGGUGUCGCUGGUGUGCGUGGUCAAGCCGGACGAGUUCUGGGACAAGAAGGUCACUCACUUCUGCUUCUGGAAGGAGAAGGACAGACUCGGCUUUGAGGUGAUCCUGGUGUCGGCCAAUAAGCUGACGCGCUACAUCGAACCCUCGCAGCUCACCGACGACUUCGGCGGGACUUUGGACUACGACCACGGCGAUUGGCUCAGCAAGAGACUGGUGUUUGAGAAGUUCACCAAGGAGUCCACGUCAUUGCUGGACGAGCUGUCGCUCAUCAACGACGGCGACAAGAGCGCCGCCCUCGACAAGUCAGCUGACGUCCUCCUGCCGUCCUUUGACCCGGAGACGGUCCUCCAGACGGGUCACGAGUUGCUGUCGGAGCUCCAGCAGCGACGCUUCAACGUCUCCGAGGGGGGCGGACGAGGCGGCGGCGGAGGGCCAGGGGCGCCGACGUGGCGUCCGAUGGAGGAGGAGCUCCUGGCUCAGCCUCAGGUCAUGAAGCUUCUGGACUCGCUGAGGGAGAAGUACACCCGCUACCAGGAAGUUUGCCGCCAACGCAGCAAGCGCUCCCAGAUACACGACGUGCACGCCAAAGUCACGCAGGUGGUGACGUGGCUGCAGGGUCCGGGCUCGGAGCUGCUGAAGACCCAGCGGGCCAUCGGAGACUCCAUGCGGGCGGCGCAGGCGCUGCAGCAGAAGCACGAGGAGAUCGAGAGUCAGCACAGCGAAUGGUUUGCGGCCUACGUGGAGCUGAACCAGCAGAUCGGCGCCCUGCUCAGCGGCGGAGACGACGACGACGAGGAAGAAGCCGGCGAGCUGAAGGCGCUGCAGCGGCAGCUCAGCGACGUCUGCUACCAGCAGGCGGCGCAGCUGGAGAGCCGGCAGAACGUCCUGCAGGCCGCGCAAGCCUUCCACGCCGCCACGCAGGAGCUGUCCCAGCAGCUGGACGCGCUCCUGGGCAUGCUGUGCGCCGACGUGGCCCCGGCGGACGGCUCGCAAAUCCAACACAGCCUCAAGUUGCUGGAGGAGAAGCUGCAGAGCGUCGAGGUGGGGCUGGCGUCGCUGCGCCAGAAGGGGGCGCUGCUGCUAGAGCAAACGUGCAAUGACGACGACGACGGUGAGAACGCGGCGGCCGAGCAGAGGGACAACGCGCAGCAGAUCCGCGACGUCAUGGACGAUAUGCAGAUGAGGAAACAGAGGUGCGAGGACAUGGUGGACGUGCGGCGUCUGAAGAUGCUUCAGAUGGUUCAGUUGUUCAAAUGCGAAGAAGACGCCUUACAGGCAGUGGAUUGGCUGUGCGAGCUGCUGGACGCGCUGCUGAAGACGCACGUGCGACUCGGAGACGACGCCCGCGACACCAAAGCCUUGAUGGACAAACACAAGAAGUUUGUGGACGUGGCGCAGAGCACAUACGACUACGGGCGGCAGCUGCUGCAGGCCACGGUGGUGCUGUGCCAGUCGCUGCGCUGCGCCACGCGCUCGUCCGGCGACACGCUGCCUCGACUCAACCGCGUGUGGAAGCAGUUCGCCGUCAGCGCCGACGAGCGGCAACACCGACUGCAGCUCGCCCUCGCCUUCCACCAGCACGCCGAUGUGGUAUUACAGGAUGAGCACGUGGAGGCCGAGUCUCUGGAUCAGGUGGACGCUUCGGCCAAAGCUCUGCUGGACAGACUCAGCAUGCCCGUCAUCUUCCCCGAUGGGUCGGUAGACACGCAUUCGCCGCACGCAACGCAACACGACACAAAAACAACACACAACACCCUAACAGGCCCGCUCCCCACACACGCAUGCUCAUGUAGCAACACGUGCGGCCGUAUGGUAAAUUACGAACAGCGUUGAUCGCAUGCUAGCAUCGGUGGCCGCAUGCCAGCCUGCUAACAGUGGUGAGCACACGCUAACUUGGGUGAACACAUCCAAACAUGCCCACAGAGUUGACUGCGUGCCAACAUAGGUGACCACAUGCUAACACGCUAAUACAGAGGAACGCACGCUAAGUGCCAACAGAAUUGACUGCAUAGGUGACCACAUGCUAACGUGCUAACGGAGGAGAACACAUGCCCACCCGGGUGACCGCAUGCUAACUUGUUACUCUGUGCGAAGCGGAGCUAUUCGAUGUCCGUCCAUCCAUUCUCUGAGCCGAUUGUCCUCAGAGGGUCGUAAUCAUUUCGGACGAAGCUCAUUUUUUGCACUUAUAUGACCAAAAAUGCUGAAAUGUCAAGUGAAGUUCAAAUUGAAACCUUAACACUUUGAAACUGGACCCAAGGCUUGAAGCCCUAAUUUGAGGCCCUAACAAUGUCUUGAAAAACUUGAUUUCCAACCUAAAACUGGGCUUCAAGCCCAUCAUUCACCCCAGUAAACUUGACAAACUUCAACCCAUGUUUCAAAUCCUAAACUGAAACCAUAACCUAGGCUU